UCAAGUUGCCUUCACCUUCACCCUUGUGACCCCUGACCUCCAAGCAUGGCGGCGGAUGGCAGACUGUUUCUUGGAGUUGACUUCAGCACUCAGCAGGUUAAGACUAUUGCAAUCAACGACAGCCUAGAUGUUACCAAUGAAUACAAUGUCAAGUUCGACACGGAACUACCAGAAUACAAGACACAUGGUGGAGCCAACAUCCAUGAAGACCAUGUGACUGUCACUGCUCCCACAGCCAUGUGGGUAAAGGCCCUGGAUCUUCUGCUGGACAAGAUGAAGGCCGACAACUUCCCCUUCUCUAGAGUGGCGGCUCUCUCUGGGACAGGACAGCAACAUGGCAGUGUGUACUGGAGGAAGGGAGCCCGGGACAUCCUCUCCAGUCUGGAUGCCAGCAAGUCCUUCAGUGAUCAGCUUCAGGACAGCUACAGUAUCAGGGAUUCUCCCAUCUGGAUGGAUGCCAGCACGACAAAACAGUGUCGGGACCUGGAGGAGAAGGUUGGAGGACCACAGAGUUUGACGGACAUUACGGGAUCCCGAGGAUAUGAGAGACUGACGGGAAAUCAGAUUGCGAAGCAGUAUCAGACACAACGAGCUGCAUAUGACAACACAGAGCGCAUUUCACUCGUGAGCAGUUUUGCAGCGUGUUUGUUUAUUGGGAACUAUGCCCCGAUUGACGACAGCGAUGGGUCAGGAAUGAACUUGAUGGACAUUCGGACAAGGAAGUGGUCACCACAGUGUCUUGAUGCCUGUGCUCCGGACCUUGAUCAGCUCUUGGGCCCAAUUGUACCUUCUGCUCAACUUGUUGGGAAGGUCAGUCAGUUCCUCGUAGCCCGAUAUGGGUUCUCACCAAACUGUCAAGUUGGCGCUUUCACCGGAGACAACCCAGCUUCACUGGCAGGUCUUGCACCAAAACAAGGGGAUCUCAUCGUGAGCCUUGGCACGAGUGACACAGUAUUCCUCUGGCUGACAGAGCCCAAGCCUGCCCUCGUGGGACACAUCUUUGCCAACCCUGUGGACACAUCAGCCUACAUGGCACUGCUCUGUUUCAAAAAUGGCUCUUUGACUAGAGAAAGGGUUAGAGACGACAUUGCUGACAAAUCAUGGGACAAAUUUGGGGAGCUUUUACAGAAAUCCCCCAUUGGAAAUAAUGGCAAUAUAGGAAUAUACUUUGAUAUCACCGAGAUCCAGCCAGUGGUGGAGGGUGUGUACAGGUUCGACAAGACGGACAAGGAGGUCUCGUCGUUUCCCCCAGAGGUUGAGGUGCGGGCACUGAUUGAGGGUCAAUUCAUGGCUCGAAGGGUUUACUCCGAAACUCUAGGAUUUCAAAUAGGCAUCAAUACUGGAAGUGGUCCAGAUUCCAACACCCGUGUGAUCGCCACAGGAGGGGCUUCCAUGAACACAGCAAUACUACAGGUUUUGUCUGAUGUUUUCAAUGCCCCAGUUUAUAUCAAGGACGUGGCCAACUCAGCAGCCCUAGGAUGUGCGUUCAGGGCCAAACACAGCUGGCUGGGACCGGGGGUGCCCUACACGGAGGUGGUGAAGGGGGUGAAUGAACCAGUGUGUGUGGCCACGCCCACACCGGGAGCAGACAAAAUAUAUGAGCCACUGUGUGCCCGCUACAGGGUGUUAGAAGAGAAGAUAGCACAGAAGAACUCCUGAGUCAGCAAGUCCAGCCAACACACAUAGACCUCUUGACCCCAUUGACUUGGACAUGGGUUCCAGGGUGUAAGUGUCUGUCGGGUCAACAAACCAUUGUGACACUAGGUGCUUUAUGGAACUGGCCAGGAGUAUUCAUCGUCUCUGCUUCUCGUGUUUGUAUUCACUGCAUUCCUCCCUCACCACUGAAUGCAUACCUCCAUUCAACGCCUAGAUGCCAUUUAUAACCAGUGAUUCAAGACAAGACCUGGGUCCACUUGCACAAAGCGAUCUUAGCGCUAAGACUAUCGUAAGUCUGUGUUAAAGUAUGGGAGUUACGAUCAUCUUAGCGCUAAGAUCGCUUUGUGCAAAUGAACCCUGGUUCCAGGGAGAGGAAAACCAAUGAACACUGAUUACAUCAGAAAUAUUUUCUGUGCAACUUUUGCCAUUGGCUUGUGGCUACCUACUCUGCAGAUUGUUUCAGUAUCUGACAAAAGUAUAAUUGUAGCAUUAUCACUCGGGGAAUAUGUGAUUUUAAACAUAGGCGAGUCAUAUAAAACCAGAGGGAUGCAUGAAACCACAUAUACUAAUAAAACAAAUUUAAUUUACCGUGAAUUAAAAUAAAUUAAAAAUUUAUAGAAAACAGCUGUUCGAUUGAGCUGAGAUUUUCUUUUGUUGUGUCACAUGACUUUAAUUGACUCGUAAACAAUGUGUGGCAUUUUUCUUCGUACCAGGGUAUAAGGGAUUUAUUCUCCCACUCAGAAAUCCAUGUGCAGCCUGUUUUCUUCAUGGCGGGGUAUGAGGGAUUUAUUGUCCCACUCAGAAAUGUAUUUUCCUCCCAUGUGGGAUGCAUCAUAUUUUUCUAAGAUCAUGUAAACCAAUCAGAUCUCAAUAUUCUGACAUCUACAGAGACCAUGCAUGGAAUAGGUCUCAUGUGACUUCCGUGAGUUAUGCAUGGUUUCAUAACGUGACUAAAACUACCCAACACAUGCUACUAUUCAUAGUACCCCAUGUAUUCACUGUUGAUGGAGGAACACAGUGCAUACAAAUCCAUGAAGUAUUGACAAUGUAAAGUAUUUUAAGAGUGACUAAUAUUCAAGAAAAUGUUUUUUGUGAAGUGCUGAAAAAAGGGUAAAAAUGUCCUGGUAGUUGACACUGGGGUGAGAACAUACAAUGUACAUGCAUUUUGUUGAUUUAUCACAAAUCUUUCCAAAGCUUCAGAUAUUGAAGCUCUUGAGCUUAUGAAUAUCAAAUUGUCAUAAGUCAUAAAUAUACAGGAAAAUUCUUCUUGUUCAAGUUUUCUGUGUACUAGUCCCCUGUAUCAGUAACAUACAUAACAUAUGAGGCCUCAUAAAGGAGGUAUUAGGAAAUUAGUUUUGUUUUGUCCGAACACCAUCUCUCAUGUUCAGUCAUAUUUAGUGUCAUGUUUCCAUGACUUGGUGUAAUUUCAUAUGAGUAAUUAUGUUGAAAGUAUAGUUGCUCUCAUAUCUGUGAUAACAUUAGUGUUGGGUAUCAUCACUGAAUUUUCAUUGUGAUAAAUGAUAUGCAUCAUCAGUUUCCUGCCAUGUACAAGCAAGUUGACUGUGAACAACAAACAAACAAGGAAAGGCAGAAAGAAUAUCCUCAGCAUAUCCUUAUUUUAUUUGCAGAUCAGGUAUGUUGUCAAUUUGGUUAUUGUCUUAUUUACAUUGUCUUUUAGAUAAUUUCUUUAUCAAAUGUCAAAGUUGUUUAAGGAACCCUGUAUUUAUGAAUUGUCUCAAGAAUGAUUCUGUAUGCAAACAAAAGAUUGUCUAAUUGUCUAAUGAACAGAAUAAACUGAUAUUCAGUAGC